AUGGAUAAGUUUUUAGGCUGCUCUGGACAAAGCAAUGAAACUUCUAAAAGAAAGUUGAAUUCUGCAACUGAUGAGAGUAAAGUUAAUAAAAAAUUAAAAACAGCUGCUGCUCUAAAAAAAUUUAUGGUGUGGGUUAUAGCUAGUAGUACCAGCCAUUAG